UAAAAAAAAACAUGGAAUUCUUUGAGAAAGCAGUAGCCGUGAGACUCAAAAGCCAUCUCGACAAAUACCUAGUCGCGGGGGACGACGGUCUAACCGUUCGACAAAGCCGAAAAGCCGGUUCGACAAACGCAGGAAGAUGGUUGAUAGAACGUGUAGAAACAAACAGCCAUGUCAUACGUCUCAAAAGUUGUUAUGGGCGUUAUUUAACCGCUUGUAGUACACAAGUUCUUUUAGGCACAACGGGGAACAGAAUUAUACAAUCCGUGACAGAAAAUACAAGAGACUUAGCUAUCGAAUGGCAGCCGGUUCGAGACGGGUUUCAAUUUAAAUUAAAAUCGUCGGUUGGGACGUAUUUAAGGGCUAAUGGUGCCAUGCCUCCUUGGAGAAAUACGGUUACACAUGAUGGAAGUUUUACUAGUUCUACUAAUAAUUGGAUUUUGUGGGAUGUUGAGGCCGUUAAUGUUUCCGAUGAUGAGGUUGUUAAUCAUAAUAAUGUUUGUUUGUCAAUUGUUCCGAGUUUUCCGCCUAGUGAUUUUUUCGGCCCGGAGGUUCGAUCACCCGUACCGAUUCAUUCUCCCGGUUUUUCACCUCGGUCUCGUACUCUUUCUAUGAUGAAGGUGAAGAUGUUACGAGGUACCAUGAGUGUGACAAAUACCCAACACUUAUUACAAACUAAAGUCACCAAAUUUAUCAACAACCGUUUGCAUUCUUUUCCACAGAAAUUACCACAUUUACGACUACAUUUACCUACAAAGUUUACCAAACACAAGGAACGUUCUGUUGGGGUCCUACACGACUCGGGACAAUCCUCGAUGGAAAUCCUACGCCACGUGAAAGUGGUUAGACUAAGGAGCCUCCAUGGUAAAUACCUCCACGCCAACCAUGACCAAGAGUCGGUUUCUCAAGAUGGUCAUGACGCUACUGCCACAACCAACCGUUGGACUGUUGAGUUUGUUGAGGAUACACCCGAUGAUGUGACUAUCAUUCGUUUAAAGUCUUGUUACAAUAAAUACUUAACGGCUUCUAAUAGUCCUUUCUUGCUUGGAAUGACUGGAAAGAAAGUCCUCCAAACCGUCCCUAGUCGUCUAGACUCCUCGGUCGAGUGGGAGCCUAUCGGAAAUGGGAAACAAGUGAAGUUCAAGACGAGAUAUGGACACUAUUUGCGUGCGAAUGGAGGUCUUCCACCGUGGAGGAAUUCGGUUACACAUGAUAUUCCUCAAAGGAGUGCUACACAAGAUUGGAUCAUGUGGCAAAUUGAGGUUGUAGAUACUAAUGAACAAUCAAUGCAGUUGGUUCCUUAUUCGGAUUCGUUUACUUCCUCUGCAUCUAGCUCACCUUCAACUAACUGGUCUAAGUCCCCAACCUUCUCCAACCACGAGUCUGACUCACCACUAAAGAGAGAAGAAGGGAGAGCGAUAUAUUAUCAUGUGAUUUCAGACGAUGAUGGGGAAGUUGAUCAAAAUGCACAAGGAUUUUGUGUUAGUUUUAAAGGGAAUGGGGUUAAUGAGUUGACUCAAAUGUUGGAGGAAGAAACUAGACUACGCAACAUAACAGUGUGUUCUCAAAGUCCUUUAGACGGGAAGCUUUACCCCCUUCGAUUGCAACUUCCCCCAAACAACGUAACCAUGAAAGUUGUGGUGGUUCAAAAUUCUAAUGAAGGUGAAAAACAAUAUCGUUUCAGGGUCCGGAGUUCAUCAAGGUCAUCUUAUAAGGGAUACUUCUGAAGAAACACAAUAAACCAAUCAAAUUUGUUAGAAAUGUUAAACUUACAUCAUUUUUUGACAAAUUUGAUUGGUUUGUUGAGAUUUCUCGAGUUUAUAGGCAAUACAAAAUGAUAGUAGUACUUGUAUAGAGUUCUCAAGAAGAAAAGGAUUUCCUGGUUUUAGUCAACAAUAAUCUCAUGUCCAACUUGUUUGAUCAAGAGACUUGAGGUUCGUCAAGAGUUUCUAAGUUUGUAUCCCAUAAUUAGGUGAUACACAAUAGUUAAGUAAAAGGUUCAUGCUUAAAGGUCUAGUUUUAAAGUGUCUGAAUGAAUAAGUAGCUUCAUAAGUUUUGAAUGAACUUGUAUUAGCGCCCUGCUAUUUGUAGUUAUGAAAGAUGAUGUUAUAUUAGACAACUUCACAAGUCUUAAUGAACGUUUCUGUGUUGCAAGGUUUUA